AUGAACCCUAAAUUUUCUCUUUUGACGUCGCCUCCGCCCGAGCAGAAGCAGCAAAAGCAGUGCUUCCUCAUCAGAACCCAUGACUCGACUGUGGUAGAAAAUCAACUGCUCGGGCAGUCUACGCCGACCGCUCGAGCGGUCCGUGUAUUUCGCUCAGCCGCUAACUGCUCGAGCAGUUCGUGUACGGCCGCCCUUAAUGUAUCACAUUGUAUCCACCACGAGAAAUUCACAGCACAGGACGCAAAUUCACCUAGCACGGGCCGCAUGGACCACAGCAAGGUGGCGGGCUCGGGCUCGGGCACGGUGGACAGGGUCCGCAAGGUCCGCAUGGACCGCAUGGGCCACAACCUCGACAGAAAGACGGGCAUGGCGAGCAUCUUGAUGCGCAUGGCGGGCAGCACGGCCCGCAGAACCCGCAUGGGCCGCAGCACGGGAAACACGGCGGGCAAGGACCACAGCAUGGGCCGCAAGAAGGACAGCUCGGUGGAGGGCACGGCGGGCACGGUGGGCACGGUGGACACGGAGAGCAGCAAGACGGAGGUGAGCAGGGCGGUGGUGGACACGAAGGCGGUGAGCACGGACCGCAACAAGGGUAACAGGGACCGCAAGGACCGCAACACGCCAUUGUAA